GCCACCUUAUGCUUUAUGUAGCAAAGUGUCUAACUGAAGUCCUACAUCAAAUCUCUCUCUCUCUCUUGCAUGCAGCAUACACACCACACCAUAAUGGACAAAUUCAAUGAAGAAGUUCAAGAGCCAGUGAGUCCUCAUGGUCAAUACUUCAACAGCUCUGUGAUAUGUUCAUAUGUUUUUGCCUUUUUGGAAUUAGCUAUUCCAUUUGAUAAUUCAUUAGCUAUACCUUUGCUCAAAGAUGUCUUCAUCCCUAUCAACCCACGCUUCUCCUCAAUUAUGGUAAAAGACAAAGAGGGUAAGAUGAGAUGGCGAAAGGUCGAAGUGAAGCCUGAAGAACACUUAAAGAUUCCCAUAUUUCCUGAAACCAUAAAUUCAUCAUCAUGUGAAUUAUAUGACAAUUAUUUUAAUGACUAUGUAACAAGUAUUCUAGCUGAAAGAACACCACAAGAUAAACCACUUUGGGAAAUUCAUAUUAUCAAUUAUCCAACAACCAAUGUUGCUUGCACCAUAAUAUUCAAACUUCAUCAUGCACUUGGUGACGGUUACUCUCUCAUGGGUGCUCUUCUUUCUUGUCUUCAAAGAGCUGAUGAUCCUUCUCUUCCUUUAUCUUUUCCUUCACAAAGACCACAAUUAGAUUCAAAAUAUGCAAAAAUAAACUUAUUUAAGAAGCUAUGCUUUGAUAUCUCCUCCUUUUUCAGCUCCAUAUCAGAUUUUGGAUCAAGCAUAAUUAAGACAAGAAUGAUUGAAGAUGACAAAACACCUAUAAGAUCAGGAUAUGAAGGAAAUGAAUCUCAACCUGUUACCUUGUCAACCAUAUCACUAUCACUUGAUCAAAUCAAAGAAAUAAAAUCAAAACUUAAAGUGACUAUAAACGAUGUGGUUUGUGGAAUGGUCUUCUAUGGUAUUAGGCUUUACAUGAAAGAGAUGAAUGAGAAAACAAAAAUAGCAAAUUCCACAGCAGUGGUAAUGCUCAACACAAGAAAUAUUGGAGGUUACCGAUCAUUGAUGGAAAUGCAAAAACCAGAGUCCAAAGGUCUUUGGGGAAAUCAAAUUUCUUUCUUACAAAUACCAAUACCUAAAGUAAGCCAAUCAGUAAUCUCCAACCCUCUUGAGUUUGUUUGGAAUUCUCGUGAACUAAUCAAGAGGAAGAGACAUUCUUUCAGUGUUUAUCUUAUAGCUUUGCUCAUGGAUUUGGAGAUGAGACUAAGAGGGCCUGAGGCAGUAGCUAAAAUAAUCUACAACACAAUUAGGAACUCAAGUGUUUUUAUGUCUAACCUCGUAGGACCGAUAGAAAAAAUGGCUUUGGCAAACCAUCCAGUAAAUGGAUUAUAUUUCACCGUGGCAGGUGGACCUGAGAAUUUAACAAUUACAAUUAUUAGCUACGAGAAAAUAUUAAGAAUCGCUAUGAAAACCCAAAAGGGGUUCAUAGAUGAAUAUAAAUUGAAGUUCUGCAUUGAGAAAGCAGCUGCAAUCAUAUCCAAAGCAGCUAUGGAGUGAUACAAAUUAAAUUCAAUACUAAAGUCUCUCCAUUGCCACCACCCUAGUAUGCUAGUUUCUCUAUUACCACCACCUAAUUAUGGUUUUUAAGCCAUGCAAGCAACUAUGUUUGGCAUUUUCAAUUUCUACAAGAUUAUGUUUCCAUUGAUGCAAUAAUUAUUGCUACUCUUUAAAUUGUACUUGUUGGAUCCAGAAGUCCUAGCUCAACUGGCAAAAUGCCGAAAUUGUUAGGCCGGAUGCCAUGAUCGGGGUUCGAACCCCGGUACCUCCACUUGUGU